AUGCUGACGGGUCUGAUCCCUAUGCAAUUCACUGGGUCGCAUGCGAGGGUUCGCCAGCUGAUCAGUUUUCAGAGCAGUCAAACUCAUCAACUCAGAAGUUGCUUUGGUGAUGCUCCCCGCUUGACUGGCUGCUCUGUCUGUAUCGCGAGCAGCAGGCCUGCAGGCUCCAUGUGUGAGUUUUACCUGAUUUAUGCCACUCGCACUCAGCUCUCAUGGCUUGUCGGGCCACAACUGGCAUUUGAGGCUUGCUUGACACCUGCUGCUCCUGCAGCCUGCUUGCUUCAAGCACCGCGCCACAUCAGUUCGGUGUGCCUUUUGGAGCGCCCGCAGCUGCGUAGGUCUGACGCAUGCUGCCGAGCAUUUGGCCUCCUCAAACGCUUAGCGCAGCAAAGAAUCGUGCCCAAGCCAGCGCACAGACUUUGCCAGGGAGGCAGUCAAGUCUUGGCUGUCUUGGGCCUGCCAUUGCCUAGUUGUUGUGACACAGCAGUGUGUUGCACCCCCUCGCAUCACAAAAGCGAAGAUGCGGCAACUCGGCUGCCUGUUUUGCAGCCGGUGGCACUAGCACGAGGUUCACAGCACCUCACAUGCCUGUCAUUUCUGGCCCGCUUGCACCCAACCUACCCGACUCGGACAAGUUGCCCGAGGCAUGAUUGCCCUACUGCCCCUAGCAGCCAUGAUGGGGCCAUGACAGUGAGGAAAAACCCAAAACGUAUGAAACAGACUGGAGGUCAUUUCAGAUCAGACUGCUCUGGCCUUAGGCAGCAGAGGUGGGAGGAUUGGGAGGCUUCCAAGCUGAUGAUCUUUGAGGAUGCAGCGUUUUUGGAGGCUUCACUUGCCCGUUUGGAGGUUCAGUAA